AUUUCAAAUUUUUUUUCAUAUCCAUUGCCUCCUUUGCUCAUAGAUCUUCGCAAACUCAUCAAAUACGAGGAUACACUAGGCAUUAAUGCCAAUCAAGACAAUUAUUUUGAGAACCUCUUCAAACGCACAACUGCCAGUUUUCGCGCCAAAGUGGGAAAAGAGAAUGUGCGUUGCGAUCGCGUUUUAAAAGAAAAGUCCAAGCACCAGCAAGAUCAACAUGUGCUGCGGCCACUAAACCAGCAAGCGAAAGCCGGAACGGCAAUGGCGAAAAAGGAGAGACAAAACCAAUCUUCUCGCAAUGAUGCAAUCGCCUUCCACUCUGGAACGACCCCAGAUGGGGAUAGCAUACCGCGCCGUGACAAUGGAAAACAACCACAACGCCUUGGGACGCCUAAAAAUCUUCCCGGUUUGGGGAAUCUAUCGCGCGAGAAAGCUACACAAUCAGGUAAUCGUAGAGCACCUUUUGGCGAAUGUAACGAGCCACGUGGUUCUCAAUCUGAGACGACCGACCGUAGUGCGGUGCGUACAACAAAAACAACAACAGCAGCCAUAAGAGAGCCUAGCCCCAAAGAUCAAGCUCCAACAACCACAAGCGGUAUCAGAGCAGGCGGACGUAAAGAAUCUGGUCGAAUGGCAAAAGAUGGUGAUACGCAGCGUAAUCAAGUGCCAACGAUAAGGGAUGCGAGCCGUGGACGUACGCGUGCUAGACAUCCAAUUCAAGAACGCGGUGCUACAUCGCGCAGUCCGAGUGCAGCCAGUUACUCCACAGCCAAAUCUUUGGGUGUUAUCAUACCACGUCAUUGCACAGCAACACGUCGCCGCCGACCAUUAAGUACAGAUCCGGUCGCCUUAUACCACUACUACCAAAGCGAGUGGAAUUAUUUUCGGGAACAAAUUCCUGGCGAGAGUUCACACGCCGACCUGCGUUGGCUAAUACGUGCGAGACUAAUGGAUCCCAAUUAAAAUGACAUCCUUGAAGAAUGGCAGAUUGAAAGAAGGGAGAUGAAAAAAAAAAUAGUUAAGAAACUGGGAUAAAAAUUAGUAUCCAUAAAACCAUUAUUUCAGACUCAAUUUCAUGUUAUUUUAAAAUAAAGCGGCGUUUCAUAAAUAAAUUUGACAACUUAUAA